AUGCAUCUUCAAAAAUUGGAAUCAACACACAAUCCUCAGCAAAUCUAUUUUCGAAAAGAUGUCCUAUGUGAAACCUUGUCUGGAAACAGCUGUCCUUUGGUGACUAUAACAGCAAUGCCAGAGUCUAAUUACUAUGAACAUAUCUGUCAAUUCAGAAAUCGCCCUUACAUUUUCUUAUCUGCUCGGGUACAUCCUGGAGAAACUAAUUCAAGUUGGGUUAUGAAAGGAACAUUGGAAUAUCUCAUGAGUAAUAACCCUACUGCUCAGAGCUUACGAGAAUCUUAUAUUUUUAAAAUUGUCCCUAUGCUAAAUCCAGAUGGUGUCAUCAAUGGAAAUCACCGCUGUUCUUUAAGUGGAGAGGAUUUGAACAGGCAGUGGCAAAGUCCAAAUCCAGAUUUACAUCCUACAAUUUAUCAUGCUAAGGGGCUGUUACAAUACCUGGCUGCAGUGAAGCGUUUACCCCUG